CAUCUGUAUUUUCUUUACUCAGUUUGAAACUAAAACCACUCAGGCUGAAUUCAAUACAAGUACAAUUGAUAUGUUUACAACAAGUCAUCACCAUAGUAACAAAAACAAUCACCAUAGCAACCAAAAUGGUUACCAGAACAAACAAAAUAGUCACCAUAGUAACAAUAGUCAAUCUCACCAAAGAAGGUUCUCUCCAAAACGGGCAUCAAAAUAUAAGCCUACUGCACCGUCCUAUCAGCCCGACUCUGACAAUAGGGGGUCAGAAUCAGAAACCCCCCUAGAAAGAGGGGGGCAAGAUGCUGUUACGCCCCCUAUGAAUGCCCAGCCACCUCUGGCGGAUACUAAACCACCCCCUAUGGAUACUAAAACACCCCCAGUAGGGCUGUUCAUGGCGUCAAGUCUUCC